CCAAGAGAGGGGUUUUUAAAAACAGGAGGUCAUGGGGCCUCCUCUGUUCCUACGAUUUGCUUUUAUAUUUUGGUUGUUUUUGUUAUUGUUAGUCGAACAUGAAACGUAUGUACUUUGUAAUGUAAACUAUUCCAAAAAUGAUACUGUUUGUAAGAAAUUACCUAAACCAAAAUCUUACGUUGUUUAUAAACUGCAAGCUAGCCAGAAAAUCUCAAUUGAUGGUAAACUGAAUGAAGACGUGUGGGGCGAAACUGCCCGUACAGAAGAUUUCGUUGACAUCCAAGGAGACACAUUUCCAAAGCCCCGUUUCCAAACCUGGGCUAAGUUGCGAUGGGAUGACCGAUUCUUGUACAUCGGGGCAUUUCUUGAAGAAACAGAUGUGUUUGCAAACCAGACUAUGCAUAAUUCAGUUGUUUUCAAAGAUAAUGACUUUGAGGUGUUUAUAAACCCAGACUGGAGCACACAUUGGUACAAAGAAUUUGAGAUUAAUGCCAUCAACACAACAUGGGAUCUAGAACUUAGCAAGCCAUAUAUGAAUGGAGGAACACCAAACAACAGUUUUGAAAUGCCGUCAAUGAAGACUGCAAUUUAUGUGGAUGGCCCAAUUAAUGAUCCCAAAGUUAAAAAUAAGUACUGGACUGUUGAAUUGGCUCUGCCUUUCUCAGAUUUGAUUCGAGAAAAUGUUAAAGUUACAGCUCCGCCUAAAAAUAGAGACCAGUGGCGAAUUAAUUUUAGCAGGGUUGAAUGGCAUGUAAAAAACGUCAAUGGUCAUUAUGAAAAGGUGCCUGGUGUGCCAGAAGAUAAUUGGGUGUGGUCACCCCAACAUGCCAUUAAUAUGCAUUUGCCUGAACGGUGGGGUAUCAUACAGUUUAGUUCAGAUGCUGUAAAUCAAACAGUAUUCACUCCAAGUCCUGAUUGGCCUGUGUAUGAUAGUCUUGUUCAUGUUUAUAAUGCAGAAAAGAAGUUCUUUGCUGUGCAAGGCUACUACACAACCAGGUUGAACCAACUUGAGUUGCCCGCAUAUGUUGCGGAUGGAGAGUGCGCAAGUAAACCUUACGUGGUCGUUGAUAAUAAUUAUUCCUUCAAUGCAACUGUUGAACCGCUAUUUAAGGAAUAUCAUACGGGUCAUGUACGUGACGAUAGGCUUAUCUGGUUCACAGGCCCAUAAUCAGGGAAAGGUUUAUUUUCCAGCCAAACUAUCUGUUUGAGUGACCUUCUUCCAGAUAAACCGAACAAUUCCCUACUUAUAUAAAAAAUAUCAACAUGAUAUAAUUUACUAUUUACAUGCUGCAAUGUUUCAGCCUUCGAGGGCUUUGUUCCCCCAGAUUUCAACAGCAGCUCUGCCCCUGGACCCACCAGUGCCUUGGGUAACCCCUUUCCUGGUUACAGGGCUGGUUUACUUGAUGGUGCCAAGUGUAUUUUAAUAUCAUUAUGAUGUUCCCUUAUGGUCAUGUAGGAACAAUCAGCAUAUUACUUCAGUACUAUGUUUUGCAAUAAUAAUUAUAAUAAUAAUUUGCAAUUUAUAUUAGCUAUUUUUCUAUUAUUAUCCAGUUUAAUGGGGAGGAAGUUUGUCUCUUUACUGGGACUUAUGGGAACAUUCCCAGCCUUACAUGAUGUACCAUUUUAUCACUACAAUAAUUUGUAAUAAGUGCUACUCUCAAAUAAGUUAUGCACUUAGCCUUUAAAUGUUAUAGGCACUAAUGCUUAUUGCAUCAUUUAAAUUAGUUAUUUAAAAUAAAAUGCAUGUACUUAAA